AUGGAAAGUGCCUUCCAGAGCAUCUUUGAUCUAAUAAUAAUUACACUAGUCAUAUUUGGGAAUUUCAGCAAUGGAUUCAUAGUCGUGGUAAACUGCAUGCACUGGAUCAAGACAAGAACGCGUUCAUCAGUUGAUCAGAUCCUCAACCUCUUGGCUAUCUCAAGAACUGGUUUAAUCUGGGCAAUGGCAAUACAUUGGUUUAGAAUUUCGCGUCACCCACCCUUGCUUAUGUCUGAAACACAAACAAGAAUUUUAAUUUCUGCCUGGGUGCUUAGCAACCACUUGGGUGCCUGGUUUGCUGCAAUCCUUAGCAUCUUCUAUUUGCUUAGAAUAGCCAGUUUCUCAAAUCCUACUUUUCUCUACCUGAAGUGGAGAGUCAAAAAAGUGAUUCUGAUGAUACAGCUAGGAACCUUGAUCUUUCUGUUUUUAAAUUUGCUGACAAUUCACAUCUAUGUUUCAGAUUGGAUACAUCAAUACGAAGGAAAUGCAACUUGGGACUCCAGGAUCAGUGGUUUUUCAACGUUGUCACAACUGUCUUUACUCACUAUGACCAUUUUCAGCCUAAUGCCAUUUAGUGCCGCUCUAAUUUCCUUCUUCUUGUUGAUUAUCUCCCUAUGGAAACAUCUCCAGAGGAUCAAGUCCAAUUCCAAAGAACACAGAGAUCCCCGGAACGAAGCUCACAUAAGUGCCUUGAAAACUGUGAUCUCAUUCCUCCUCCUCCAUGUGAGUUUCUUCCUGUGCAGUGUGGUAGCAAGCGUUCCUAGCAUACAUCAGGACCCCCUUUCGCACAGUGUCUGCCAGACACUUGCCAUGAUCUAUCCUUCAGGUCACUCAUUUAUUCUGAUUCUGGGAAACCCUAAGUUAAGGCAGACC